AUUUGAUUUAUUAUUAAUUAAAAAUAUUUAUGUUUCAGGGUGUCCCUUACUGACGGCAACAGAAACGAUCCUAAAAGAUUAUCAAAUUUAGAGGAGACCGGGAAAUGGAUAUCGGCUUGGCCGGCAGAGAGCAAGGAUUCGAACAACUACUGCCAAGAAGAAAAACAGGAUUCAGAACCAGUCACGCCUGUGGAAGGAACAGUUGCAGCUAUAAUGUCACGAUCAUUCCGAAGUUAUCCAACCACGGAGGGCCCAUAGAUGAUGGAAUUAUUAUUUGCUAUAUUUAUAUGCUUGUAACAUAUUUUCUUCUAGGUUUUUACAAUACUGUUUUUAUUUUAAUAUCCUACUACAUUUGCAACUGUGCAGUAGCGCAUCUAGUAAAUUUGAUUAAACUAAUUGUUUUUUACAAAUUUGUUUAA